GCGUGCGCGUGGGCUGAUGCGAGGCAAAGCAAAUAAUUACAAAAAACAAAAUGGUUCCCAAAUAGGUUUUCUGUGUUUACUAUGCAUUUUUUUGUUAAAGGAAUAAACUUUAUACAGAUAAAACAAAAAAACUAGCUAUGAAUGUGGAUUUAUCACAUUGGAGAUGUGGGGUGGGAUUGUCAAAUCGCUAGUUUAGCACACUUGGCCUUUUUGCAUUAUGAGGGAAAUGGUAGGAGGUUGUUGUGUUUGUUCUGACGAUAGAGGAUGGUCUGAAAAUCCACUUGUUUACUGUGAUGGACAAUCUUGUACUGUAGCCGUACACCAAGCUUGUUAUGGUAUUGUAACUGUUCCUACUGGUCCAUGGUAUUGUCGUAAAUGUGAAAGUCAAGAAAGAUCAGUAAAAGUGAAGUGUGAAUUAUGUCCCAGUAAAUAUGGAGCUCUUAAAAAGACAGACAAUUCUGGAUGGGCCCAUGUGGUCUGUGCUCUCUACAUACCAGAAGUACGUUUCGGCAAUGUUACUACUAUGGAACCUAUUCAACUGCAGUUGAUUCCUGCUGAACGUUUUAAUAAAGUGUGUUAUAUUUGCGAAGAAAAAGGGAAACCCGCGAACGCUAACGUUGGAGCCUGUAUGCAAUGCAAUAAGGCUGGAUGCAAGCAACAAUUCCACGUAACUUGUGCACAAGGAUUAGGUCUUCUUUGUGAAGAAGCUGGAAAUUACCUAGACAACGUCAAGUAUUGCGGAUACUGCCAGCACCACUACAGCAAAUUGAAGAAAGGCGGCAACGUAAAAACCAUUCCCCCCUACAAGCCCGUCAGCUCCGAGGCGCAGCUGAGCGACUCGAACAGCGACUCGAAGGAGGCCGAAGCCGCAGCCGCAGCGGCAGCAGCAGCCGCGGCGGCCGCCGCCGCCAAAUCGCCCGGUUCGAACAAACGUAAGAGCGGCGCGAGCGGAAAGAGCAGCGUCGGUGGUAAAGCAACGAACUCUGCUAGUAAAACGUCUUCGUCCCAACAGAAAGCCGCCCAGCCGACCAAGGGAUCGGAAAAGUCCGCUGCGAAAGUUUCGUCGACGGCGCAGCCCGCGAAAACGGUCGUCGAAACGGGCGACGGCAAAAAGGACUCGAAAGAAGAGUCCUCAGAGAAAGCCUCCGACCCCAAGUUCUCUAAGAAGAGGAAGGCCAACUCCCGCGCCCCCACGCCGGUCGGCGGCGUUUCCGGUAACAGUGACGUCGGUGUUGUUCCCGCCGCACCGGUCCCCCCCGCUUUUGCGGCCGCCGCGCCGUUGAGUGCAGCCGCAAGUGAUAAGAAGAAUCACGCGAUUAGCGAAGCGGAAAAAACUAAGAAGCUUAAAAUCGACACGACCCAAUCGAUAAUAAUCAACCAACCGGUGGUAGCCUUAACGUCCAUAUCAGCGAUAAAAGCGACGUCGAUAGCGACCACGGUUGCAGACACCGCCAGCACCACCGACACGAUCGUGUCGGCCUUGCCUUCCCAGUCAAUUAUACAGACGGCGCAGAGCCAGUCCUCCUCCUCCUCCUCCUCGUCCGUGAACUCGCUGGUCGUAUCGGUGCCCCUGGCCGGCACCAGCAUCAGCCCCAACCACCCCCUCGUCAACAACCAAACCAGUGUCUUAACUUCGGUGCAGGCGGCCCAAGAGAGGACCGUCGCCGAGAAAAUCACCCCCAACGUUUCCGGAGGCAAUAGCAAUCCUCCUUCAGCCCCAGGCAUGUUAACGACAGAAAUUACCCAGUCAGGUGGACUGAAAAUAAUGUACGAAAAACAGCCGGACGCUAUCAACACGGAAGUUGAUAUGGAACUGGAAGUUUCACCCACGCCCCCCGAAGAGCCCGCCAAACGUGGAAGGACACAAUCGAACGAAAAGACUGAGCGAUCCAGUCGCAAGACGAAACGCAACCAGGCGCAGCAGCUGCAGGGCGCGAACGGCCUGAACGCGCAGCUGGGCGCGGGCGGCCCGAGCGCCCCGGGCGGCGGCGCCACGAAGCGCUCGAGUCGAUCUCGCGUGUCGUCGCCGGCGGCCGUGCCCGGCGCCUUCGCCAGCAUCACGCAGGCGCAGAUGGCGCUGAAGGACUCGCCGCCCAGCAGUCCCGAGACCAGUCAGGACGCGUCGUCCAGCAGGAUGCGCUCGAGGGGCAGGAAGAGCGCUCCCGCGGCGGUCAACGCCAACUCCGGCUCGUCCAAGGAUGUCAAGGAUAUAAAAAUUUUUCAAAACGGCGUGGCAGCCCCUCACAUGUUGGGAAACCAACUGAACCCAAACUCGAAUAUGGCCCAGAAAAUGUCCGAUCACCUGAACUCGGAACUGGAAGCCCACAGCAUAUUCAAUCCUAACGAUAACUCGUCCAACCUCGUCGGUCCCCAGAUGCACCACAGAGUAGUCGCAUCUACAAGGGCCAGCAGUACGGGAGGAUCCAGCACAGCUUCCGGCGGAAGCGGUCUGUCCUCGAUGCUGGGCGGGGGAGGGGGAAACAUACCUCAAACGCUCGACCAACUUUUGGAGCGCCAAUGGGAGCAGGGCUCGCAGUUUCUGAUGGAACAAGCUCAGCAUUUUGACAUUGCUUCUUUAUUGUCGUGUUUGCAUCAGUUGAGGGCGGAAAAUUUGAGGUUGGAAGAACACGUCAGUUCGUUGCUGCAAAGAAGGGACCAUUUGUUAGCGGUCAAUGCAAGAUUAGCAAUACCGUUGACCGGUCAACCUAACCCAUCUGCUCAUCCUCAUUCAGUAAACAACAUUCACCCAUCAGUGGGCGACAUGCCCAGACCCAACCGGCACAGUACCGGCAACAUAAACUACUCCCACCAGCAAAGCAAUUCGGUUGGCGGCCCUGUCGAAAACGGACUUCCGCCCGACCAGUACGGACUCCCCCACCGAAGCCCUGCCGGUCAGCCCAGCCCCACAGUAAGACAUUCGCCUGCUGGGACGGGAUACUCUAAUAGUGGAUUGUUGCGUCAAAAUGCAGACUCUAGCGGACGUUCUGCACCGAGACCGCAGCCCUAUCCACUUUAUCAAGGGCCCGGCCCUUCCCAACAACAGAUGGUAAUUCGAAGAGAUUCUGACAUGCACCAUCAGAAUUCUUCAAAACCAAGCUGAGAAUUUGACUUAAUGUAGACGCCAUUUUUAGAAUGACCUGAUAUGUAGAUUUUUUUAAUUAAAUGAGUAACACAUGUACAUUUUAUAUUUCCAAUUCAAUUUGUAAAUAUGAAUAAAAAACUGUUGUGAUAUUUAUGAAUUUAAUUCAUUUUUUCGUGUAGUUUUUCCCAAGUAUGACUUAAUUUUAUGUUUUAAGCAAGUAUUUCAUUAGCGCGACACUUUGCUGUUUUGACAGUGGAGUUACAAUACUGUAUUUCGCCAUCAGACAUAUUUGCCUAGCAUAUAUUUAUUUUUUUACAACUUAUUUGAACACCAAAGUUUUGGUUUCAAAUUUAAGUUAUGGACUUUUUAAACCUACUUAUCUUUAUUCAACAUGCAUUUUAUUCCUUAAUUUUAUUGUUUUGUAGAAAAAUUGCGUUUGAUUUGAUAUCAUGAAUGUAAAUUUUUGAUUUUGCACCACUUUGCUCAAAUUGCUAUUCUAAGAAUAAGUAUGUGUUUCGUGUGACAAUGAUUGUACUAAAUAAAAUAACGAAUUUACCCAAUGUCAGUAAUAAAUUAAUUUUAAGACUUGAUUCGAAAUUAAAGACUUAUGUAAAUAUUUUGGAUGAAUAAUUAUUUUUGAGUGCGGAAUUUUUUAUAUAUACUUUCCAAAUUACACAGCCUGGGACUAAAUCAAUUGGUUGAAGACUAAGAUGACUGAUUUUUAAAUUGUAAAAAUUGUGCCAAGCUGUAUUAAAAAAAAACUUUUUAUUACUGAUACUUGAGGUGAAAAUAUAGAGUGGUUUAUAAAACAAGGUACAAAUUUUUUAUAAAAUAUAUUUUCUUUUUUAUACUCAUUGUAUCAAGUUGGAUCACCCUAUAUUUGUAGUGCCAUUUUAUUUCAUUUGCAAAAAGACUUUUACUAAUAUAGAAUAAUUUAGUAAAUUUUUAAAGUUUACUUAGGUGUAGUUGAUACUCAGGGACAAAUAUCUUAGAGUUACUUAUGUAUAUUUGCCAGUAACACAGCCAUACUAGUUAUAUACAUAGUUAUUUUCUAAACUGUACAUUAUUAGUUAAUAAUGAUUAAGUAAUUUUUAGAUGUGUAUCUUAUUUUUGAUUACAAUUUAAAUAAUUCUUUAUAAAGUAUAGUUUUGUAUUAAAAAAAAAUGUAUAAAUCCCUAUUUUUAACACGUAUUUUUGGGAUUUUUGUACUUUUAUAAAUUAAUAUUAUGAGGUUUUCAUUUAGGCAGUUCAUAGUUUGUAGCUACAUGUUGUAAUUAAAGCUGUAAAUUAUGUAUAAUUUUGUUUUGUUUUGUAAUAUAAACAUUUGUAGAAUAAUCUGAUUAUUAUUUUUAACCUUUCCAAAUAUAAAUAAAACAUUUUGUAUGUACAAAACAGUUAUAUAAUUGAUCGAGUACAAAAUACAUAAAAUAUAAUAUAUAUAAUUACAAUUAACAAAAAAAUAAAUUAAUCAUCUUCUGUACCAGUAAGAGGUACGAAGUCUAACAGAGGUUGGGGGUAUCCCAAGUCACAAAUUAAGUCCUCAGAACACAAAAGAUAAGGCCUUACACUGGUUAAACGGUAUUGUGCAACAGAUUUGCUAAUCCAUUCCAAAUCCACUGUGACACAUUUAUACUUUUCCAAC